UGUAGGAGCACAUAUGGAAGUCUCGAAAGAAUUUUCAUUAAAAUGGCUAGACAAAUACGGUGUUACAAAAAUGAUUGGCUCUAAUUAAGUCAAAUUAUUGAACAAUUACAUUAAACAAACACACAUUAACAGUAGGCCAUUCACCCUACUAAUUAAUGUAAAAGAACAUAUUGGGAACGAUUUGUAACAAUCGUAAAUGAGCCAUUAGCGCAUCCACCUUAUACAUAAUAUAUUUAAGGGUAGUUUUUGCCCGUAGCAGCUGAUUUUGACAAACGCCACCAGGGUAAAAUGGCUGAAUAGGGGAAAGUGAAAGGGUCCGUGAAUGUAUUAAAAAAUUACGAUUUAACUCGGGUUUAAUUAAGGAACCUUCUGCCACGCAGUAGGAAAACCGUGGUGGUGACGGUGAAAAAUGUCGGAGCUCAAUCAGGAAAAUGCAGAUUCAAGCGAAUUAAUAGAAACUAUGGGCACGAUUCGCCGGAGAAAAUUGGUAAAAUGUGCUAAAGAAACCCUUGGUCAAGCUUCCGAGCUACUGAAGAAAAAAAUUCCUUGCGCCGGUCAUUUCCUGGCGCCGAAACGACUUUGGCUGAAACGCGUCUCAACCCCUAAUUGCGACUUGGUUGUCUGUUUCCCACCUGGGACAGACGAUCAGUUCCUUCUAUGGCUUCUACCCAAGUUGAAACAAUCUACUGGCUUGACCAUCCAUGUUCGAUACCAUGCUUCUACCCAGAGCAGUGCUUUUUAUGUAACCGCAUCGAAUCAAGUGCUGCUCCACGCAGCAGAAGAAUAUCAUCUGUCGAAAGCUCUUAAGCCAUCAAAAGGUGGGGGUUUGAAGGAGUUCUUCGUCCAAGAGCAGGAUUUUUAUGAAGGGUCCGAGUCUGCAGAGCAUUUUUUUACCACUGAAGAAAGACAGUGGCUCGUUUUGAGAGUGCUUGAGAGUGUCAGAGCGAAGAAAGAGGAACUGCGCGUUAUUCCAAGCGUUACAUUGCUGGAAGGUCAGCCGAUAGUGCCAAAGUUUUUGACUAGUGGGGUAAUAUCGCAGGUUUUUCCAAUUCAUGAGCCGCCCGCGCUUGAGCGGCUACAGCAGACUUGGGUUCAAGACAUUUUCGCUAAACAACCUCUUGAUGAAAUUACCGAAUACUUUGGAGUUAAAAUUGGAAUGUACUUCGCAUGGCUGGGACAUUAUACUACAGCGUUGAGCAUUCCUGCUGUAGUGGGAUUCAUAUUUUGGUUGACUUGUACAAGUAAACAUCAGACUAUCCAAGACGUUGGUUAUGUGGUAUUUUCAAUAUUCAACGUGGUUUGGGUGACAACGUAUCUUCAAGCCUGGAAAAGAUAUUCCGCAGAGCUGGCCUUUAGAUGGGGCACGUUAGAUCAAAGGGACGAUCUACUAGCGGAGCCGAGACCGUUGUUUAGAGUGAGCAUUUAAGCCUUUUACUCAUUAUUUGCAUUCCACUUGUUCAUACUGAGCGCUUAGUUGCUUCAGAUGGUAAUAUGUUUGACAGAGAUGAGCCCGUUUAGUAGGCGAAAAGAGCUAAUAAAUGAAGAUUUUUGAGGGUAUCGUUAAGAAGCUUCGGGGCGCUAAAGUUUUAUUAAAAAAACAGACAAAAAUAUUAAGAAAUUGUAA